CCAUCCCUUUUUCCUUCACACACCAUCGCUUCGUUAUAAAAGAAUAAAAAAAAUAAAAAAAUAAAAACAUUCAACCACCACUUCGGCCGAUGGAAUUCUCUUCUCCUUUCUCUCUUCUUCACACCUCAAAAACAAAUCUCAUCUCCAAGAUAGAACCCGCCGCCCCUCACGCCUUCCCCAUUUGAGUCCUACACUCUUCUUCAAACCUCGCCCUUAUAUCGUGCCCUUCCGCUCCACCAACGCUUCCCCCCACCUACCCACCCUCACUUACCUCUCCGACACCGCAAGUGAUGAGCACAGCAAAGCCUGGCUUGACAGUUCCCUUCAAUCCCCCAGACUCUGCCCCAAAAACCCGCUCCCGAAAGCACCGUUCCAACAACAGCAGCAAUUAUAACCACAACUCCCAUCAUCCAAAGAAGCUGGAAAAGAGCCCCUCCUUCAACAGCAACUUGCAAAAUGGAUUAAUCAACCCCUCCCAACCUGGCGCCAGCACCAGUGCCAGCGCCAGCAAUGCCGAUAACAGUGCCGUCAGCACCAGCGUUACCAACACCAGCGAUGGAACCGGCAUCCAGAUGUCCCGCAGCGGAUCUAGUAGUGGUCGACGUGAUAGCUCCGCAGCCUCAGAGAAUGACUCAGAAGCGACUACGGCAAUGGUUUCCACACCGAAGACGACGGUCGAACGCUCGCGGGGUUCCCUCUCCAACCGAACCUCAGCCCAUCGUCUCGCCGAUCAAGGUUCAUCCUCGAAUCGAAGGGAGAACAGCAGCGCCGGCCCUGGCCGACCCUCGGGAUCGUCAGGUCGUCUCUUUGACCCCAAGAGGGACCCCGUUCCUGUCGUCUCUUCCACCUCUACGCAGCAGCAGAUGUACGCUCGCUCCGGUGGUCCGGCUGAAACCAGGAACCCUAAUUUGAAUUUCCGCAAGCAGCAGCAGAACCAACGGCUCUACAACCCUAACCAGCCGCAGCCGCAGUCAGUGCGUCAGGGUGGCGCGUCCUCGGCAUCGGCGCCUUACCCUGCUGCGACCGCAGCAGCGCCCUCUCACCCGUCUUCGAAGCAGAGCUCAACCGUGUCGACAUCGACUACGCCCUCGCCUAUGGACGGGCUGGUCAAGCUGACCAAGGAAAUCCAGCAGCUGGAAAAGAAGAUGAUGGAGAAGAGCAGCCGCAGGACAUUGGAUAGCGAUGAUGACCUGGAGAGCAGCUCUCGACAGAGCGGUAGCCUGUCCUGGACUCGACGCAUCGACAACUCCAAAAGGUACAGUCCCUAUACAAACACACUCAAACAUAAUCUUAGCCGUGCAUAUUUCUGGAAUGACUCAACACAGCAAAGUAUGACCUAAAACGGCGCUAGUUUGAAAAAAAAAAAAGAAGCCGACAAGGGUGGUGUAACAGCCAUGGCCGCAUGAGAAGGCGACAAUGCGGCUCGAGCG